AUGGCCUCAAUCCCGGAUGAAAUGCGGACUUUCGUGGCAGAGAUGGUCAGCAAUGCAGGAUCAGGCCACCCAGGAAGUGCCAUGAGCCUCUCCACGCUCAUGCACACCCUUUUCUGCAAGACCCUGAAAAUCACAAAUCUAUCCCCAAAGUGGCCAAACAGAGACAUCUUUAUUCUUUCAAACGGGCACACCUGCUCUAUUUUGUACGUUUGCUUGUACCUGAAAAAGUUUAUCAAAAGAUCAGAUCUUCUCAAACUGAGGAAAAUAAACAGUAUCACGCCAGGGCAUCCCGAAUUCAGCCCCUUCAUAGAAGCAACAACAGGUCCCCUCGGGCAGGGCGUUUCCCACGCCGUAGGAUACGGAAUUGCCUUGAAGAAGAUGGAAGUUCACAAUACAAGCGAGUUUUCCCCUUUCACAAACCGGGUCUUUUGCGUCCUGGGGGAUGGGUGCUUGCAGGAAGGAAUUGCCAUGGAAGCCCUUUCUCUUGCAGGGCAUUUGCGCCUGAAUAACCUCGUUUUCAUAUACGACAGCAACAAAAUAACGAUCGAUGGCCCUGUGGGAUUGGCUUUUUCUGAGAAUGUAAAAGCAAAAAUGCUUGCCCUGGGAUUUUCCGUUAGAGAAGCCCACUUUGAAAAUGGCCCUGAAAUUGAAAGGGCCUUCCUCAGGGCAGAUCGCCCGAUUUUCCUGAUUCUUCACUCCGUGAUAGGAUUUGGCUCUGAAAAGGCAGGGAGUUCUUCCCUCCACGGGUCUCCGCUGGGCCCUGAAGACCUCGAAAAACUUCGGGAAAAAACCGGCGGAAAACGGCUUUUCUUUUCCUCUGCCGCCAGGAGGGCGUAUUCCCGCAGGAAUUCCCGCGUGGAUGCUGAAUUCCUGCAGUGGACCCAGGGGAUGUCUCGUUUCCGGCAGGAGUUCCCAAAGGCCUUCUCGGAAAUGGGGGUUCUCACGCGCGCGGAAAUCGAGGGAAAACCUGAAAUUUCAGAUAAAAUUUUCAAAAGAUCAGAAACUGAUUUAAACCCAGGAAAAAAAUCAGGCACCCCCGAUAAAGAACCAGGAAACCUCCAUAGUAUUCCCGCACACGAGGAAUUCCUUGUGAGCACGCUCUCCCCGGAGGACGCCUUCCGGGAAGCCCUCCUGCAGGAAAUAGAGGCGCAAACGUACAAAAAGUCCGCUCUUUUCCCGCACCGGGCCUCCCUAAGAAAGGUUUUCCAGGAAAUCCUCGCAGUCUUUUCGAAGGACCCCUCCCUUUUCGGAGCUUCCGCUGACCUUGCAGAGUCCACAUGCGUUCUCACGCAGGAAACCUCCCCAAUCACACCUGAAAAUUUUUCAGGUAACUUUUUAAACUGCGGCAUCAGAGAGCAUGCAAUGUUCGGAACUUCAUGCGGAAUCUCCUUCUACGGAAGAAAUCGCGUCUUUGCAAGCACUUUCCUGAACUUCCUCACAUACGCAUUCCCUGCCCUGAGAAUUGCAGCACUUUCUUCAGUCCCUGUAACCGCCAUUUGCACGCACGAUUCCGUGGCCCUAGGAGGAGACGGACCCACGCACCAGCCCGUGGAAGUUUUGGCUCUUCUCAGGGCCACGCCAAAUCUAGCCGUUUUCCGGCCUGGAACCCGGCGAGAGGCUGAAACUGCAGGAAUUUACGCCUUCCUCCACGCAAAACGGCCUUGCGUGAUAGUUUUGUCGCGCCAGGAGAUAAAUUUUCAGGAAGAAUUGGAAAAGUUUGAGCUCUCAGAAUGUGCAAGGGGGGGAUACGUGGUGAGCGAUUAUGGCGAAGAAAGUGCCCCUGAAAAGACACUAUUAGUGUGCACGGGCUCAGAGGUGAGUUUGUGCUUUGAAGCGAAGAAACUUUUGGUUUCCCGCGGGUGCUGUGUCCGCAUAGUCUCUCUCGUCUCCUUCGAGCUCUUCGAGGAGCAGGAAAAGGCGUACCGGAAAGAGGUCUUGCAGGGAGACAUUUCCGUCUCUGUGGAGGCACUUUCCACGUUCGGAUGGAGCAAAUAUGCAGAGCAUCACAUUGGCGUAGACAGCUUCGGGAAGAGCGGAAACGGGGAGAGCGUAUACGCACACUUCGGGUUUACGCCAGAGAAGAUCUGCGAGCAAGUACUUGCGAUAGUGCAUGCCUCCAGAGAGGGCAGGAAAUAA